CCAAGUGGUUUAUGUUAAUGAAAGCAGAAAAGCUAAAAAUGCAGUGGCUUCCUUUAGCUUUGGUAGUGGAACUCUUCAAGGUCACCUAUUGGCUGGAGAAGAACGUUUCUCAAUUGAGCUGGACGAGAGGGGACAAGUGUGGUGGAAAUAUGAUCAAAACGGUUGAGUCGGUAAGAUCAACUAUGCAACUUCACUAGUUAUGAGAUGCGAAGAACUUCGGAGAACCAAAUAAUCUUCGUUUCCUCGGGCUCACCUGUGAUUUUACACGUGAACAAAAGCUUGUUUGUACUCGUACGAAGGAGCAGACACACAGAGAAAGGUACCCCCGGCGCUCUCCUCAGUCGCAUUACUGCCGCCACGUUACUCGGGCUGUUUGUCCCCGCCAGUUGCAUACAGAUGAAGACGGGAGUCACAAUCAGCAUGCUUUGGAGUUUAUUUGUGUUCAUCUACAAUAACUAGAGUACAGGAUUUGCAGCAAUAACCCCAGAAAGUGCGAGAGAUGAUUAGAAACAGUUUUUGGUGUCCCUAAAGUAGUGGAAGAAAAAUAUGGAGUCUUUUUUUAACAGAGGCUUAUGGGCUAUGAGUGUGGAAUUGUAUGCAGUUUCAAGAAUUUAGAUUUAACCGGAAGAGACUAGAUUUUACCUUGUAUUCACAAUAUGUUUGUAUCAUGUUUAGCCACAGAGCUUCAAGUGCUCUCUCAACCAGAUCUGUAGCAAGGAUUUUGUAGUCCCAUUUUCAGUUUUUGGUCAAUUACUUUCCUUCUCUUUCUUGAGAAGCGAAAAAGGAAAUCAUAGCAGAAAACAGUUGAUAAAGCUUCCGAGCCAACAAAUUUUAGUUUCUAUUCAAUGAACUGAUCUAGUACUGAUUGUCUUGCUUGAUGGUGGUGAUCAUGGGUGUCUGCCGCCCCUUCCGCAAUACCUGGGAUCGAGCACUUGACCAAUGCUUCCACUUUUUCCCAUGUCUGUCUGAUCCAGCUCGGAGAUCAGCGUUGGGCUUGAAAGUGGCAUUGGUGACAAUGCACUUUGUUUAUGCUGGAGUUUUGUUCCUUUUUGAUACUGAUCUAAUAGAGGAAACUAAACAAAGCCCUUGGUACACUGCAUUAUAUGUGCUAUUAUUUGUAGCAACAUUGAUUCAAUACUUUGUUACCUCUGGUUCUUCUCCUGGCUAUGUUCUCGAUGCAAUGAGGGCUGUAACUGAGAGAAAUGUGCUCUAUCAAAAGACACAAGUGGCCUCCAAACAGCCUGCUACAAGCAAAAGUGGAAGCUUGGCAAUUGCCGUGGAAGGAGGCCAAUUAGGUAGAAAUCGUCAAGGAAGUAAUGCCAUAUCAUGGUCGAAGUUGGUGAUGGACAUGUAUCCCCCUGGAACAUCUGUUAGAACUUGGACUUUGCUCUUAUUGCAAUGUCGAACAGGUACUUAAGUAUUGUAUUUUAUGUUCUUGCUUUGUGGGGUCACUUGGUUUGUGAGAACUUCUAUAAUGCUUAUAUUUAGAGAUAGAUUCAUGUUACAAAUGUUAAGAUAGAUAAGCCACGGAAACUGUAUAAGAAAUCACACACAGUUUAAGGAAGAAGAAGCAGGAUUAGAUUCUAUAGCUAAGUACCUUAAUGUAAUUUUUAUGAUAAUUAUAUUAUGUUGGAAUUUUCUUCAUUUGCAGUGUGCCACUGGAUAUUUAGAUUUUUAUUAUGUGGCUGUGUGCCAGUACUAUAACGUUUGGAAUUCUUGUAGGUGGCAGCCUGCCAUUGGGCAAUAGGGUGUUUAUAGAUUGGAGAAAGUUGCUAAAUGGCAGUUUAUUAGAUCUACUAAUUUCUUGGGGAGCUUCUGAUCCUAAUUAGCAGUUGUGUUCCUAGGAUGUAAGCCUUAUAAAGAAGCCAUCUUAACUGCUUUAAUUUAGGGAGAUCUUUGGGUUGUUGUGAUGCAGAACUCAAGAUCAACAAUGUAAUCCAAAACUCACACAUACACAAGUAGCAACAAAAACUUAACCCCUAGAUAAAACCUCCGACUUAACUCAUAACAACCUGUGAUUGCAAUUAAGGUAAUAGGGAUAAAUAGAUUCAUUAGAACACCACAAAAAAAAUUUUGGUAAGUUAAAAUUAAUUCAAGAUUAAGUUAAAAUUAACUCAAGAAAAGAAAUUGAUGAAAAUAACACAAAUUAUCUUGAUAAGUAGA